AUGACUGGCGCCGAUCAGACAACUAACUUUCGGAAGCUCGCCGCUGAAAUUGAACAAAAGUUUGUUCGGCGGCAUAAUGAGAAGCCUGGUAGAUCUAGAAGAGUUGAAAAUCGACCAUCGGCGGCAUUCGUAAAUCUGUCGAUGGCAAUACUACCGUUAGCCAGGGAACUCUACGAAUUUCGAAAGAUGCUCGAAGAUAAAACCCAAGAUUAUAUUUUCUCAACACGCUCUUAUUCAAAAAUGUGCGAUGAAGAACGAGAAGAGCUUGACGACACAGUUAAAAUAUUUCUGCCCCAAUUCGGAAAUUUUUUAAAUCAACUAUGUGUGAGAAUAGCAAAUGCUGACGGAUUGAAGAACGCUGUUGAGCGGAAUCAUUUACAACGAAUUCAAGAAGGAAUUCAGAAAUUUUUGAAAGAAACGACGGAUUUUGUGACAAUUUUAAGAAGAGAACAUUUAAAACGAGUUAAAGACAAAAAUGAGACUCUAUUCGAUCGGGUAAAUUCUGCCGAGAAAGACGGACACAAAUUUGUGUAUCACUUGGGUUUACAGGAAAUGGCACUAUCCGAGGAUUUAAAUAUUAGCGAUCGCGAUGAUGAAAUUGACAAGCUUGAGCAUCAGAUCAGCGAGAUUCAAUCACUUUCUUCUAUUUUCUCGGAAAAGAUUAUGGAUCAGGAGCGGGACAUCGAUGUAAUCAAUGAUCUUGCUCUUCACACUACGGAAAAUUUAAUUGACGGGAAUGAAUGGAUCCGUAAAGCAAUCACGAAUUCAGCUUUACGUCGGGUCAUUCUCCUUUUUUGCAUUAUUGUCCUAACAUUCACCUUACUAUUUUUGGACUGGUAUAACCCAUAA